AUGCCCACCUUCAAGCAGUACAACCUCGAGAAGCAGAGUGUGGAAGUCCCCGGCACCCGCACCCCCGGUCACUACAGGCAUGUUGCCUAUGCCGAUGGCCUAGUCCGCAACAUCCGUGAGGCCCCUCAGCUCAAGACCCUCUAUGAUGUCUGGCAACACUCGGUGACCAAGUAUGCCAACAACGACUUUUUGGGCCACCGUCCGUUCAACACGGUUGCCCAGACCUACGGCGGCUACACCUGGGAGACGUUCGCGCAGAUUAACCAGCGCGUCAAUGCGUUCGGCAGUGGUCUCAUGCACCUGAACGAUGUCAUCCUCGGCAACGAGCAGCUCAACAGAUGGUCCCUCGGUAUCUGGUCUCACGGCCGUCCUGAAUGGUUCAUCUCGGAGAUGUCCUGCAACUGCUACAACCUGGUCUCGGUCGCCCUCUACGACACCCUGGGCCCUGAUGCGGUCGAGUACAUUGUCAACCAUGCGGACAUCCAGAUCGUUGUCGCCAGCGCCAACCAUAUUGCCUCCAUGCUCGAGAGUGCCGAGAAGCUGCCCAAGCUGAAGGCCAUCAUCAGCAUGGACUCGCUCCACGAUACCGUCUCCGUCCCCGGUGCCACCUCGGCCGCACAGGUGCUCCGUGCCUGGGGCGCGGAGAAGGGCAUCAAGGUCUAUGAUUUCAACGAGAUCGAGUCCUUGGGUGCAAAUUUCCCUCGCAAGCACUUGCCUCCCACGGCAGACGAGGUCGCCUCGCUCUGCUAUACCUCUGGAACCACUGGUCAGCCUAAAGGAGCCAUGUUGACCCACAGGAACUUUGUUGCCACCAUUGGUACCAACCGCGAGGGCAUGAACCUUACCACGGACGAUGUCUUGAUCAGUUUCCUUCCUCUCGCCCACAUCAUGGGUCGUGUCGUUGACAGCUGUGUCAUGUAUGCUGGCGGCAAGAUCGGAUACUUCCGUGGAGACAUUCUCCUUCUUCUCGACGACGUCGCCGAGCUCCGUCCCACAUUCUUCCCAGCUGUGCCCCGUCUGUUGAACCGCAUCUAUGCCAAGCUCGUGGCUUCGACCGUCGAGGCCCCCGGUCUGGUCGGUGCAUUGGCACGCCGCGGAGUUGCCGCCAAGAUGGCCAACCUCGCUGCCGGAAAGGGCGUUAACCACGCCCUUUGGGAUCGCAUCCUGUUCAACAAGGUCAAAAUGGCUCUUGGUGGUCGCGUCCAGGUCAUCCUCACUGGAUCCGCACCCAUCGCAAAGGAGGUGCUCAGCUUCUUGCGCAUUGCGUUCGGAUGUGUUGUUCUGGAGGGAUACGGAUCCACGGAGGGCAUGGCCACGGCCACGAUCACGAUGGCGGAUGAGUAUAUCCCUGGACACAUUGGCUGCCCUCGCGCUGGCUGCGAGCUCAAGCUGGUGGAUGUUCCCGAGAUGAACUACCUUUCUACGGACCAGCCUUACCCCCGUGGAGAGAUCUGGAUCCGUGGAGACACUGUCUUCAGGGGUUACUUCAAGGAUGAGAAGAACACGAAGGAGACGAUCGAUGCUGAGGGCUGGCUCGCGACCGGCGAUAUCGGAUUCGUUGAUAAGCGUGGAUGCUUCACGAUCAUUGAUCGCAAGAAGAACAUCUUCAAGUUGGCCCAGGGUGAAUACAUUGCACCUGAGAAGAUCGAGAACAUCUUGGGAGCACGUUGCAACUUGGUCCAGCAAAUCUACGUCCACGGUGAUUCGCUCGAGUCGACCUUGGUGGCUGUUAUGGUGCCCGAGCCCGAGACGUUCUUGCCGUUCGCCAAUACGUUGGUAGGUGCAUCGGUCACUGCUGGUGAUUUGGAGGGAAUUGACAAGCUGUGCAGGGAUCCCAAGGUGAUUUUGGCGGUGAACAAGGAGCUCGAGAAGGCCGGCAAGGCUGGAGCACUCCGUGGGUUCGAGUUUGUGAAGCGUGUGUACUUGACGACGGAUGCGUUCUCGGUCGAUAAUGGUAUGAUGACACCAACGUUCAAGGUCCGUCGUCCACAGGUGGCCGAGUACUUCAAGGAGCAGAUCAAGACCAUGUAUGAGCAUAUUCACUCGACGACUCCUGUUGCCAAGUUGUAA